AUGUACUACUCGAACUUGUUGGCUCAACAACCCUAUCAACAACCAGCAUCACCCUACUCUAACAACACUUCAAUUUUUGAAGCAACUUCAUCAUCAUCUCUGAAAUUCGGUUCGGAAUCUGCUUCUGAGCUCGUUCUUUCACAAUAUUCCCUCACAAAAGCCGACAUUGAUCAAACUUUAUCUCAACUGAACUCGGUGUUGACUCCACAUUACGAAAUUAGUAAAUCAUACACCAUUGCGUAUCUGGUCAUUAUUAGCUUGAGUAUUGGGCUUGCCUUGCCUACCAUGGGGUUGUCUGUAUUUCUCGUCAUGUUUGUUUUGUUUAUUCCAUCUUUGCAACAGAGCAAAAUGAAUCAAAAUCUCGAACAAGUGGUCAAACCAGCGCUCAGAGCGAUCAUCACCAAGGAGAAUGAAACCAAAUAUCUUAGAAGAAAUGUAGAAAUGUUUUUAGAACACAAAGGCUUUAUGGACAUUGUUAAUACUGGCCGAUACAUCACCCCAAAGUUGGAAAAGACGAUCGAAAUUUGUUUAAAGCCACUCCAAACGAUUGCUGUCGUUCUUCCACAACAAAAUGUAGCUCAAAUACAACCAACAGUUCCUCAACAAUUGAUGCAACCAUCUGAGCACAACUAUCCCGUGCAACAAACUUUAUCCGAUGACCGUAAAUAA